AGUCAGGCUACUGCUAUUCCCCUCGUUAUCAGUCGCGACAGCGGCCACUUUUCCUCCCUUCUCCUCUCCUCUCCUCUUUCUCGCACACAGACUAGCCCGCACACCUCCCUGGAUCUGCGUGCGCCGCCGAACCCAUCGCGAUGAACGGCUUCAGCGGUACAGUGGCCCCUCCAGGCGGCAUGUACGUGCGGGCACUCUACGAUUACGAAGCAGACGACCGGACGAGUUUGAGCUUUCGCCAGGGCGACAUUAUACAGGUCAUAACUCAGCUGGAGAGUGGAUGGUGGGAUGGAGUGAUCAAUGGUGUUCGGGGAUGGUUCCCGAGUAAUUACUGCGCAGUCGUGCCUCGCCCGACCGAAGAGUUGGAGAACGAGGUGAACGGCGGAGAGCUGGAGGACGAUCAGGAUACCCAGUCGCUGGGAGGCACAGAAUACACAAACUCAGACACCGAGUCUGUCAAUGGCAACGACACGUCGCUGCCGAUCGAACGAAAUGGAAAUAGGGAGCAAGAGGAGGCUGCAUUUUGGAUCCCACAGGCGACACCAGAUGGAAGGUUGUUCUACUUCAACACGCUCACCGGUGUGAGCACCAUGGAGCUUCCUCUGGAGACACCAGGAGUGAACGAGAACGGCCCGAGAGACCGCGCAAAUGUCUUCAUUCCAGACUCUUCGAGACCGCCUGCAGAGCUGAUGGCUUCUGGAUACAACAUCGAGGACACAGACGACGAGAAUUCGGCAUCUGACUUCGAAGGCCCAGGAAUGAUGGGUUCUCACAGCUCACUGCCCGCCCGCAAACGGAUAUCAGACGGCGCGUCCCCAGCAACAUCUGUAGACUCCUUGCAUACUACUUCACCGUUAACACGAUCGGCUCAAGACACGAACGGGAUGAGCUUUACAGGCGCGACCAUGCCACCCAUGGGAACAUCAACAACAUCUUUUGUGAACAACCAUCUGGGUGGGGCUCCGACGACCGUUGCCUCGUCUCGUCGAUUCUACGACGACGCCGUUAAUCCAGUCCCUCUUACCUGGAAUAAGAUGGUGGAUGACAUGCAGCGAGCUGUCGAUCGCUACCGUCAAGCCAUCAACAACAGCGACCGUUCCGAAUUCGUGAAGAGGGCAGAGGACAUUUCAGAUCAUCUACGAUUGCUGCUCGCCGCUGGCUCUGGCACGACCGACAACCAUUCUGGAAACCCCUCUAUUAUCUCUACAAACAAAGCAUUAUACCCCCAUUUCCGCGAGACUAUGUCGCGUUUCUCUAAGUUGGUCCUGUCGUCACACAUCGCUGCUGCCGACUUUCCCCCACCAGACUCAUACUCUAAAUGCCUCAAAGAAGCAGACGGCGUGCUCAAUGGAGUUUAUGGAUUCGUUGAGGUGGCCAGACAACAGCGUGGCGAGGAAAUCCCUCGCCUUGUCCCUGGCUUUGUCGUCGGCAGCAAUUCCGGAGGAAGCUGGCACAACAAUGGCGUAGAAACACGAGAUUCUUCAUCAUCGUCUCUGACAUUCAUUGAUGAGGAAGGAUUUGAGCCUCUUAUUGAGCCCACCGUCAAGCUUGACAACCGCAUGUUGGAAAGGCUAGAAGACAUUAGGCGAUUGAUCAUUCCGAGCAUGCGACGACUGGAAGAACAACUGACAGUCCGAGAAAGGAUUGUCACGCCUUAUAGACACCAAAUCAUUGGAGACAAUGUUUGCAAUGCAGCUGGCAGAUUACUUGAUUUAUGCCGCCCAUGGAUUUCGGCUGUGGAGUCCAUUAACCUGUCCUCGUUGUCGGCCAACGGACAAGGGAAGGGACAACAGCUUAGCGAGUUCAGCGUUUACAAGCAGAAGAUUUAUGACCUAGUCUCCGAGUUGGUUAUUUCUGCGCAAGGGGUCGCUGCCCCACUACCUGAUGAGUGGGCUGGAGUACGAGGUGACUCUUUGGAAGAUCGACUUGCUGCCGUGCGAAAUGUCACGAGGGACUUGGAGGCCAACCUCGCCCAGCAGUACGGAUUGCUCCAACAGCUGUCUGAAAUUAUUCCAUUGUCAGACGUAGCCCGUAUUGAUUCGCGAAGGAACACUGACACAGAAAUCCCAACUGUACAUUCACGAGGGCCAUCGGUGUCUGCCAAUGGCAGACCGUUGCUUAAGGAUGUACCUCAAUCGCACACAUAUUCUGAGGGAACAGUUCUUGACGAUACCAAGUUUGAGCCGGUCAGGACUACCAACAGCACCAAGAAGCUGAAGGACUUCUUUGGCGAGGUCCCUGUCAUCCCUCAGAACAUUGUUGAAGAGAUACCCGAAUUCCUCAAGCUUGACCAUGAGGGUGAGAUAUCUUAUGAUCAUAAGGUGACGCCACCGCAGCUCCGUGGAGGUACUCUCACAGGUCUGGUUGAACAACUCACUCGUCACGACCGUCUGGAUCCUGCUUUCAAUAACACGUUCCUGCUCACUUAUAGAUCGUUUACGACCGCCUCUGAGCUAUUUGAGAUGUUGGUCAAGCGUUGGAGCAUUCAACCUCCGUAUGGACUCGCGAAGGAAGACUACCAGACCUGGGUUGAGCAGAAGCAGAAGCCUAUUAGAUUCCGUGUGGUUAACAUUCUGAAGAGUUGGUUUGACAACUACUGGAUGGAAGGCAAUGACGAGGACGCGAGGAUUCUUAUCCAAAGGGUUUACAACUUCGCAAAGGAUCAUGUGGCGACUACCAGUACUCCUGGAGCUGCUCCGUUGAUGACCUCGGUUGAGCAGCGUUCUCGGGGUCCCGAUAUGCCAACUAAGCGACUAGUGUACACUCACAACGCCCAAACGCCACAGCCCAUCCUUCCCAAACAUAUGAAGAAGCUGAAAUUCUUGGACAUUGAUUGUACUGAAUUUGCUCGACAGCUCACUGUGAUCGAGUCGAGACUGUACGGCAAGAUUCGACCAACAGAAUGUCUUAACAAGACAUGGCAGAAGAAGCUGGCACCCGGCGAACCUGAUCCAGCAGCGAACGUCAAGGCAUUGAUCGUUCAUUCAAACCAAUUGACUAACUGGGUCGCACAAAUGAUUCUAACACAGCAGGAUGUCAAACGACGAGUUGUCGUCAUCAAACAUUUCGUUACCGUGGCUGAUAAAUGCCGCAUGCUCAACAACUUCUCUACCCUCACAUCUAUUAUCUCUGCGCUAGGCACCGCUCCUAUUCAUCGACUUAAUAGGACAUGGGCUGCCGUGAACGCCAGAACCAUGGCGGUCUUGGAGAACAUGCGUAAACUCAUGGGCAGCACCAAGAACUUUGCAGAAUACCGAGAUACGCUACACAAAGCCAAUCCUCCCUGCAUUCCUUUCUUUGGUGUGUAUCUUACGGAUUUGACGUUUAUCGAAGACGGUAUUCCCUCGUUGAUCAAGAAGACCAACCUGAUCAACUUUGCCAAGCGCGCAAAGACCGCCGAGGUGAUCCGUGACAUCCAACAGUACCAGAACGUGCCAUAUCCGCUCCAGCCAGUCACGGAGCUACAAGACUACAUCUUGACCAAUAUGCAAUCGGCGGGUGACGUACAUGGCAUGUACGAGACGAGUCUGCAGGUGGAGCCCCGCGAGCGUGAAGACGAGAAGAUUGCAAGACUUCUCUCUGAGUCUGGUUUCUUGUGAAUGAUAUACCCCCCGCCACAACAGCAAUUUCAUAAACGACGGCGACAAUCCGUCGGCAAAAACAUAAAUCACAAAAAGAAAAGAAAACGGUCUACGUGCUGGACGAACUUGGUUGAAUGUAUCAAUCAUC